AUGAUUGUAGAAGGGAAACAGAAACUUCCUGGGGUUGGAGUAGUGGUGAAACAACAGCUCAAUGGUCAUGGUCCUCACGCAAACCAUCGCGAUCCGCGAAACGGACCAUGGAGCGAUCUCGGAAGCUACCCGCCGGGAUCGCGCCAGAUAGUUGGGAAUCCACCGAUCCCGUGGGUGCUGGAGUGGCGGAAGAUUGUCGAAGUCAACGGAAGAGAAAACUCUGUUAGCCACUUGGCGCGCCGGAAGGGCGACAGGUCGCGAUCCGGAGACAAAAACAUGGUGGAUCCUUCUGAAGAGAUCGGCGAGGUGGGUGGAUGCGUCGGAGAGGCCAUGAGACGGACUUAA